AUGGCAACUCUAAGCCCUGUCAAGCUUGCGAUCCUCGACGACUACCACAACAUCGUAGCCCCACACUUCUCCCAUAUUGAUCCCUCCAAACUCAGCAUAACAACGUUCAAUGACACACUUCCCGUAUACACGCACUCCGCCACAACCGACGAAGACCGCAGAGCACUGGUGGAACGCUUGAAGCCGUUUACAGUCCUCUCGACGCUUCGCGAACGAACACCGUUUCCAGGUGAACUCCUGCGUCAGUUGCCGAACCUUAAAGUUCUCCUCGCCACCGGAACGCAAUUCGAGACAUUUGAUCUCAAGGCGGCAAAGGAGCUUGGAAUCACAGUAUGUGCUGCGCCUGGAAAGGGCAGAACAGAUGGGAAAGGCAGCGGCCUGUCAGCACGAGCAAAGAUAGAUAUCAAGAAAGGAGGUGGGCACCCGACGACGCAACAUGCAUGGGCUCUCAUAUUAGCUUUAGCUCGGAACGUGGCUAUGGAUGAUGCAGUUGUAAAGGGGAAGGGAGGUCCGCCGGGUUGGCAGACAGAGCUUGCAAUUGGACUGCAAGGCAAGACUUUGGGCUUGGUAGGGUUUGGGAGGAUUGGAGCUUUAACCGCUAGGGUUGGAGUGCUGGCCUGGGGCAUGAAGAUCAUAUGUUGGAGCGAGAACUUGACGCAAGAGAAGGCGGAUAAGUUAGCGGAAGAUGUAGGGCUGCCGGUGACAGGUGGAGGCGUCGUUGGGGAGGGCGAGAAAACUUUCAAGGUCGUCAAUAAAGAGGAUUUGUUUAUGGAUUCCGACGUUGUAAGCUUGCACUACGUUCUUAGCCCACGUUCUCGGGGGAUCGUAGGCGCAAAGGAAUUAGCCUGGAUGAGACACUCGGCUCUCAUAAUCAAUACCUCGAGGGGGCCACUGAUAGAUGAAACCGCACUCCUUGAUACACUUCGGAAUGGACGAAUUCGGGGCGCCGCGUUAGAUGUCUUCGACAUUGAGCCUCUCCCAGCCGACAGCCCGUGGCGAUCUGAGGAUUGGGACGUCAAAGGUAAGAGCAGGGUCCUUCUAACCCCGCAUAUGGGAUAUGUCGAAGAAACAACAUUGCACACCUGGUUUGAGGAGACUGCGGAGAAUGUUGAGAGAUAUCUUGAUGGGAAGCAUCUGCUGCAUCCAUUAACCUGA